CCAGAGAGGCAGAGAAGAAGAAAGAUGGCGGCUCUAGGCGAACCCGAACGGGACGCCGGGCUAACGUUUUGAGCUUUCACACCCGAGCAGACACCGGGGCUCCACGGGGCCACUGCACCGUCUGAAUCCCCUCCGGCGCAGCUUCGUGGCGGUGCCGCUUUCGCUCGCGUCCGUGUCGGCGAAACAAGCGCAAAAAUUGGGAUAGUAAAAUAAAAGAUUUCGCCUAUCAUGAGAGGGAAAAGGGGCAGGCCGCCCAAACCGCUACAAGCCGAGGACUCGUCCGCAGCUACGGCCCGAGGCUUGAGACCCAGGAGGAAUCUGAAGCCCAGGCUGAGGGACAGCGGGGAUGAGGACGCGGAGAGCCCCACAAGAGACACCCCGAAGCCGGCGAGGAAGAGGAAAGCGGGAUCCGGCGCGUCAACACGGGGCAGGGGACGAGGCAGAGGUGGCGGCGGAGGGAGAGGAGGCAAGCGGGGCCGUGGAGGGAAGAGGACGGCUGCGUCCAAAACAGUGGUGUACGACGACCACGAGAGCGACGAGGAGGACGAUGCUGUCAGUCUGAGGUCGGAGGAGGAUGAGUUUGUUGAGGAGGAACCUCAGUCUGAGGACGAGGAGGCCCUCAAAGAGGACUCUGAUUGCCUCGAAGAUGAUGUGCUGGACGAGGAGGAGGAGGUGGAGGAGGAGGAUGAUGCCAGCUACUGUACAGAGAGUAGCUUUAGGAGCCAGAGCACACACGCCAGCACUCCGGGGAAGAAAAAAGUACGGGCUCCCCGACCUCGCACUCCCAUCCUGGAGGACAAGGAGAUUCCUCCUCUUGAGCUUCCUGACACCUCUGAGGAUCUCCUGGUUCCUAACGAGGAGCUGCUUAACGCCACCUCCAUCUACGAGGUGCUACGGAACUUCACCACGGUGCUGCGUCUCUCCCCCUUUCGCUUUGAGGACUUCUGUGCGGCGCUGGUAGGCCAGGAGCAGUGCACUUUAAUAGCAGAGACACAUAUUUCCCUCUUGAAGGCCAUCCUACGGGAGGAGGACUCCUCCAACACUACCUUCGGCCCCGCUGACCUCAAGGACAGCGUCAACUCCACUCUGUACUUUAUUGACGGCAUGACAUGGCCUGAGGUGUUGCGGGCGUACUGUGAGAGUGACCGGGAGUACCACCAUGUCCUGCCGUAUCAGGAGGUGGAUGAGUAUCCCUACGGUCCACUAGAAAGUAAAAUAAAGGUCUUACAGUUUUUGGUGGACCAGUUUCUCACCACCAACCUUGCCCGCGAGGAGCUGAUGUCCGACGGCAGCAUGCAGUAUGACGACCACUGUCGUGUGUGCCACCGCCUGGGUGACCUGCUUUGCUGUGAGACCUGCUCAGCGGUCUACCACCUGGAGUGUGUGAAACCACCGCUGGAGGAGGUUCCAGAGGACGAGUGGCAGUGCGAGAUCUGUGUGGCGCACAAAGUGCCAGGUGUCACAGACUGUGUGGCAGAGGCGCAGAAGAACAGGCCCUACAUCCGCCAGGAGCCCAUUGGAUACGACCGCCACCAGAGGAAGUACUGGUUUCUAAACAGAAGGAUUAUUGUCGAGGAGGACGGGGAGCAUGAGAAGAAAAAGAUCUGGUACUACAGCACCAAGGCGCAGCUGGAGGAGCUGAUGGAGAGCCUGGAUAAGCAGUACUGGGAGAUGGACCUGUACGCCACCCUGGAGGAGAUGAAAGAGGAAGUGCGAGCGCAUAUGGACAUCACAGAGGACCUCACCAACAAAGCCCGUGGAAACAAUAAAGCCUACCUCACUGCUGUCAACGAUGUGGUCAUGGAGCGCUUGAAAAUCAGGCGGGAGAUGCAGGAAGCAAAGAGGCGAGGAGAGGACGCAAAGCAGGAACCAGAAACUGGCUCUGUUAAGACAGCGGAGGACACUGCUGACGUCCCCUCGCAGCUCGACAACGGAGAGCACAAAGACACUGAGGCCAAGGAAGAUGCUAGUUCACAAGCAGCCACGGUCCAUCCUGCUGCAGAGGAGAGCUGCCUGUUUAACCCUAACCCCAGCUCGGCCACCCAGGACGCAGCCGUGCCUAAAGCGGAGUCCCUUGAACCUAACAAGGAGGCGCAGCCUGCUCACUCUGGGAGCCAGGAGAGUGGGGAGUCCCCUGUGUUGGCAAAGCAGGAAAGGACAGAUGAGGAUGUAAAAGCAGAGUCUAGCAGUGAAGAAAAGCACCCUGAUGAUUCCCAAGAUCAGCCACAGCAGCAGUCCUCUCAGCCAGAGACGAGCAGCGGCAGCAGCCAGGCUUCAGUCCUCAGGAAACCAGAGCAGCCGGACCUGGCCGAUCGGUCCUCCCAGUCCUCUUUCACCAGUCAAGAUGGGACAGAAGAGUACAACGACAGGGUCAAAGGUGACAGAGGGAGAGCAGCAGGACGGGAAUCAAACAACCAAACACCCAGAGGCAGCAAAGAGUCAUCUCCUGUACGCUCUGAUGGCGAAUCUUCACGUCUCAGCUUCUUCAAAAGGGACCUAGCAGUCAAUCUGAACAACUUGUUCAAACUGGGUCAGGAGGGUAAAUACAGGGUCUACCACAACCAGUACAGCACCAACGUCCUGGCCCUUAACAAGCACCAGCACCGAGAGGACCACGACAAGAGGCGCCACCUCUCCCACAAGUUCAGCUUGACCACUGCGGCAGAGUUCAAAUGGAACGGCUCUAUCUACGGUUCACGGAGCCUGACUGUCUCCACUCUGCGUCUCACCAUCAUCCAGUUGGAGACCAAUGUCCCUGGACCAUUUAUGCAUCCUAACUGGGCGUCGCACAGGACCAACUGGAACAAAGCAGUGCAGAUGUGCAGUAAGGCCAGGGAAUUUGCUUUGGCCUUGGCCAUACUGGAGUGUGCCAUCAAACCAGUGGUUAUGCUGCCAGUGUGGAAAGAUUCUCUUGGACACACAAGGCUACAUCGUAUGACGUCCAUGGAGCGGGAGGAUAAAGAGAAGGUGAAAAAGCGAGAGAAAAAGCUGGAGGAUGAGGAGACACUGCAACAAGCCACCUGGGUGAAGUACACCAUCCCCAUCAAGCACCAGGUGUGGAAGCAGAAGGGGGAGGAGUACAGAGUUACAGGGUAUGGCGGCUGGAGCUGGGUCAGUAAGACUCAUGUGCCGCGGUUUGUCCCAAAGCUUCCAGGAAACACAAAUGUAAACUACCGCAAGGAGCUGGAGGCUAAAAUGAGGAAGGAAAAUGCAGCAGCUUGCACUAAUAAGCAGAAAAAAUUGAUGGAAACUGAGAAGCUGACUACUAAAAACACAUCGGAAGAAGCAAAUGAACAAUCCAUUAGUGCAUCAUCUGAGAGCACCUCAUCAGAGGGCACCUCAUCAGAGGGGGACAACAAACCUCAGACCUCCAAAGAAGAAGAAGAAAAACCCUCAGAGGAAGAGGAGCAUGGAAAGAAUGCUGAAGAAAAGAAAGAAGAAGAAAAAAUGGAGGUUGACCCCUGCCCAGAAACUGCUGCUCCCAGUGACGAGAAAGAUAAAGCUGACAGCAAAGACCCUUCCUCACCUUCUGGGCAGCCUCUGAGGGAAGAACCAGUCCAGAAAGUUGAACAACCUACAAAGGAGGAGAGCACUGCAUCCAAGCCCUACUAUGAUGUUGUUAAUGUCAGCGAGGGCUUCCAGCUGCGGACGGCUUACAAAAAGAAGGUAAAGCCCUCCAAGCUGGAUGGGCUUCUAGAGCGCCGGGUAAAACAGUUCACCUUGGAGGAGAAGCAGAGGCUGGAGCGGAUGAGACAGGCAUCCCUGCUGUCCAAAAUGGUCGCCACGAAGCCUACACCCGGGGUUAAGACUGAAGGAUCCGCAUCAGUCAAACCGCAGCCUGCUGUGACCCAGUGUGUUAAAGAAGAGAAGGAGGAGAGCCUUCAAAUGAAAGACCAAGUUGUUAAAAAGCUCGACUUUGAGCAGGAGGAGAUGAAGAUCAAAGACAUCAAAUCAGAAACCUUAGCACCCAACCACAGCAAGCAGACGGAGGUGAACGCUGUGCAGGGGAACUGUGGGGACUCUGUAGCUCACAAAGAAGUGAACGGAGGACCCCUCGCCACCGCAGAGCUCAACAGUAUAAACAAUUGUAUAUCAGAUGCAAUAGAAAGCAAAGAAAAAACACAGAACCCAGAGGUGGCUCGAGUGGGAGAGAACCCUAAGAAACGUGGGUAUGAGGAAAUAGAGCAAGGCAGUGAGCAGAGCAUGGAGGUAGACCAAAGCAAGACCAGUGCGGUGCAGGUGAAUGGGAAGACUGGGGAUACCGCCCCUGCAGACUCAAACAUCAACUCAGACCCAGCUGGUCGAGACCAAGGUGACAUUAAAGAGCCUCAGAAAGAGCCUGUCAAGUCUCUGAUGAAUGGAAACCUCUCGCAAAAUGAUGUGUCCGACAUAUGUCACCCACCUCCCAUGAAAGUCCCGAAAUUAGAGAACCAUGUGGCAGAGAAAGGAGACGCUCUCAGUAAGAAUGUGGAUGUAGCCAUGGACAGUGAGGGGACAGUACCUGCUAAGCUUCCAUCCUCAAACCCUUCUUGUCUGAAUAGUAAUAAUACCAAUAAUAACAGUAGUAGCGAAUGUUUGAAGACCUCCAUAAACGUUACCACCGAGUCCCAGAAUGCCCUGACAACUGACCUGUCCAGCAACAUUAGUAAGUCUGAUGCGACAUCUCAAGCAGCAAGUAGCGCAGUCUCCUCUGUUACCACCACCGCCACCACUACCACCCCCCAGCCCAGCUCCAGGGCCCCUCAGAAGACUAAACUUCCAGUCACCGACACCAAGACGAGCACCUCCACCAGCUCCAUGACGAUCAGCAAAGAGUAUUCCACCAAAGACAGAGUCAGCCUCCUCAGGUUCUCCAAAUCCAAGAAGGCACGCUCGGGGACAGCCCUACCGUCCUACCGCAAGUUUGUCACAAAGAGCAGCAAGAAGAGCAUCUUUAUCCUGCCGAACGAUGACCUGAAGAGAAUGGCGAGGAGAGCAGGCAUCAGAGAGGUGCCCAUCUUCAACUACAACGCCAAGCCUGCACUGGAUAUAUGGCCCUACCCUUCACCUCGGCCCACUUUUGGGAUCACGUGGAGGUACCGUCUCCAGACCGUGAAGUCACUGGCUGGGGUCAGCCUGAUGCUGAGGCUCCUGUGGGCCUGCCUGAGGUGGGACGACAUGGCUGUUAAGCCCUCAGCUGCUGUAGGGACGACACGGAAAGAAACCACGGACACAGACAUCACCACAACAGAGAUCAUAAAACGAAGAGACGUGGGGCCUUACGGCAUCCGCUCAGAAUACUGCAUCAGGAAGAUCAUCUGUCCCCUUGGAAACAGAGACACCCCUAAAGAAACUCCCACUCCGCAGAGGAAAGGCCUGCGCUCAAGCGCCUUGAGGCCCAAGAAGCAUGAACCAGCCAAGCUGACUGGACCAAUCGCUGUGGAGACCUGGGUGCCUGAGGAGGACCUGGAGCUGUGGGAGAUCAGGGCCUUUGCAGAAAGAGUGGAGAGGGAGAAGUCACAGGGUAUUGAUCCCUCCAAGACCAGCAGUACUCUGAAGACAGCGGAGGAUGUCAAGGCCCAUUUGGAGAAUCAGCUGAAACAGGCCAGACUGGCUGCCCAGCAGAAACGCCUUGAGCAGCAGAGACCGGGGACACCUGCCACCACUCCUACAGCCACCACCGCCGCCACCUCGGCCAGCACUCCCAGUACCCCCAGCACCCCAGUGUCCGCAGGCCAGAGGACCGGUCAGGUCACAUCUGGAACUAAGAUGGUUCUGGCCUCCAAACUGGGCUCUCCAGUCUCCUUCCAGCAGGACAAAAACUUCCACCAGUCUUUUGCAUCCUGGGUCAAACAGGGUCAGACCAACAACAGCUCAGGUGUAGUCCAGCAGAAAGUCCUGGGCAUCUUCCCCUCUGGGCCCCCUGCGAACCUGAGGACAUACAGCACACUACAUCCUACAACUGGCAACAUCAACCUCAGAGCCAGCACCUCCUCAUCCACCCAGCAGCAGGCCGUUACAGCAGGAGGCCAAAUCCAGCAAGUCACCACAAUGAGCCAGUCAUCGACCCCGGCUACCUCUGUGGGCGCAGCAGCAGUGGUCAGAAGUCCAGCGAUGGCUCAACAAGGCCAGCCUCAGCAGACUGUGAUGCAGACGGGUCCUGGUUCCACACCUGUGCAGACAACCGCAGCUCAGAGAGCAGCAGUUCCUGCGCCGCCGCCUCACGCAGCCACCACAGCACCUGGAGCGGCACCUGGAGCUUCACCCCAGCCCAACAGACCACAGCAGGGUCAAGUUAAACUCACUAUGGCACAGCUCAUGCAGCUGACACAGGGUGCUCAGGGUGGAAACCCAGGUCUGACGGUGGUGAUCCAGGGUCAGGGCCAGACCCAGGGACAGCUGCAAAUCAUCCCACAGGGUGUAACAGUCAUCCCCAGUCCUGGUCAGCAGCUGAUGCAGGCAGCCAUGCCCAACGGCCAGGUCCAACGCUUCCUCUUCACUCCCAUGCUCCCAUCCUCAUCAGCUCCAACUGCAGCGCCAGCUCAGACAGCUCAAACCCAAAUGUCAAUUCCAGCUCACGCCAGAGGCCCUGCACAAGUCCAGACAACACCCUCAUCCCUCGCCCAAACCCAGAUGACAGCCCCUGUACCCGCCCCAACACAGAUGCCAAGUUUGGCCCCCACAGCUCCGGUGCAAACCCAAGUUGCAGCCGCGACCCCAUUAUCAGUCCCUGCACAAUCUCAAAUAUCCACUCCUGUGCCUGCGCUGCCUCACGUCGCAGCCCAGGCCUCCACCCAGGUUUUAUCCUCCACACCCACCUCUGUCCCUGCUCAACCCCAAGUGGCGAGAUCUGUGCCUUCCCCAGCACAAAACGCAGGCCCAGCUAUGUCUCAGACACAAGUCUUUGCCUCGGCCCCUGCACAGAACCCAGUCCCAGCCAUGGUGCAAACCCAAGUCUCCACCCUUACCUCGGGCUCAUUCACGACACAAACCCAAACUGCAGUGUCACUCCCUGUCCCAGGAAAUAUUACACCUCAAGUCCCAGUCCAGACACAUCCCUUCAGCCCCGCCCCUGCUGUAGCCCCCGUCUCCGUCAAAGCUGCUGCUCAAGUCGCCGCCACAGCGGCCGCUACUAACUCGGCCCAGAUGCCAGCUUCUGCCUCUCUUCCCUCACCUGUCCAAGUUCCAACACCUGCUCUCGCUCCCGUCUCUGCUCCCGUCAUAGCUGUUGUGUCUACCCAGAUUGCUGUCCCGUCUCCAGCCAAAGCCCUCACCCAAAUCCAAGCCACGGCCCCCGUUCCCCGUCACGCUGCUGUGGCCAGUGCUGUUGUCACACCAGUCACAGCCACCUCUACAACACCUUCAGUGCCAGCUCUGACGGAGCAGAAGGCAGCUCAGCCCCAGGUUUGGACUCCGGCGGCGUCCCAAGCUCAGACUCCAGUUCAGCUGGCUCAGCAGGCCGCCGCUCCCGCUCAGACACUGGCUCUGGCCCCUGUACCCGCCUCUGCAUCAGUCUCCAUACAUUCACCUGUGACCCCUCUGCCUCAAGCAUCUCUUCCUCCUCAAGCUCAAGGACAAGUCCAGCACCCCACCGUUGCAUCCAUGCAGCAGGUCUCUCAAAUCCCAGUCUCACCAGUGCAGGUUCAUAUGGGAUUACCAGUUUCUUCUGUUGUUACUACUGUCAGACCUCAGCUCCAGCCCCACACCCAUACUCAGCUUCAACCCCAGCGUCAAGCCCAGAUCCGUGCACAGAUCCAGGUCCAGCCGUUUGGACAAGUGCAACAGAUGCCACACAUCCAGGCCCAAGCACAAGCCCAGAACCACCCCCAGGUCCGAGUCCAGUUUCAGCCACAAACACAGCAGCCACCCCAAACCCAAAUACAGCCCCUUUCUCAAAAUCAACCUCAGGUGCAGUUUCAGUCCCAAACCCAAAACCCAACCCUGCCCCAGCCCCAGGUCCAGGUCCAGGCUCAGCUCCAACCCAGGGUCCAACCUCAGUACCACCCCCAGGUACAAGCUUCAUUUCAAACACAGGCUCAAACUCAACCUCAGGCUCAGCAACAGCCUCAGGUCCAACCUCAGCCCCAGGUUCAGUCUCAGGCCCAAACUCAGCUGCAGCCCCAGAUCCAAACCCAGCUCCACCCCCAGGUUCAGGUGCAGUUCCAGCAACAGAGCCAGGUCCACCCGCAACCUCAGGCCCUGCAGCAACCCCAGGUCCAAACUCAAGUCCAAACCCAGCCCCAGUUCCAAGUCCAGUCACCACCGCGCCAAACUCAAGUCUCAACCCAGCCCCAGUUCCAAAUCCAGUCACCGCAACGUCAAACUCAAGUCCAAACCCAGGCCCAGUUCACAGUCCAGUCACCGCAGCAGACCCAGGUCCAGCAGCAGCUUCAGGUUCAAGCCCAACCCCAAGUCCAAGCUAAGCUCCAAGUCCAGUUCCAGCCUCAGAACCAAACUCAAGUUCAAGGGCAGCCUCAGCUUCAGGUCCAGUCUCCAAUCAGGCAUCAGCUCAUCACCGUUCCAGGCCUCCAGCAGCCAGUCCAGCUCCUCUCGGCUUUGCCACCCCACGUUGCUGCCCAGAUCCAAGCCCAGAUCCAGGCGCAGGCACAGCAGCAGGGCGGCACAGUCCCCCAGCAGAUCAAACUGCAGCUGCCCAUCCAGAUCCAGCAGACAGGGGGGCAAAUUCAGGCUCACCAGAUCCAGAACAUGGUGACCAUACAGGCGCCAGCGAGCGUCCAGGAGCAGCUUCAGAGGAUGCAACAACAGCAGCAACAACAACAGCAGCAGCAGCAACAACAACAGCAGCAGCAACUGCAACAAAAACCAAAGAAGAAGAAACACCAUGAGGCUAAAAGGGAACAGAAAGAGCAGAAUGUGCAGGCGGUCAGCCCCGGGGACGGCAUCCAGAAACAGGCGGUGGUGAAGCAGAACGCUACAGCAGAACAGCUGAAACAGAGGAAGACUCUGGCUGCAGCCGAGCGAGAGGAGAACCAGAGAAUGAUCGUGUGCAACCAGGUAAUGAAGUUCAUCCUCGACAAAAUCGAGAAGGACGAGAAGCAGGCAGCUAAGAAGAGAAAGAAGGAGGAGGUGGUGGAGCAGAAACGCUCCAAACAGAACGCCACCAAGCUGACGGCACUGCUGUACAAGCACAAGGAGCAGCUGAAGGCCGAGAUCUUGAAGAAGAGGGCGCUGCUGGACAAGGAGCUGCAGCUGCAAGUACAGGAGGAGCUGAGGCGGGACAUCGCCAGGCUACAGAAAGAAAAGGAGAAAGCGAGAGCGGCCAUCGCCCAAGCUAACGCAGCGACAGUCAAGGCAGCCUCUUCCCACUCCUCCCACCCCUCUCACUCUACACAUUCCUCUCACAGCAGCCACACACCGACCUCAUCGUCCUCAUCCCAUAAACGCAAGAGGGAAGAGGAGAGAGACAAAGACAGAAACAGAGACAGAGACAGGGACAGGCACCAUCACGACAAGGACAAGAAGCGGGACAGGGAUAAGGACCGGGACCGAUACAGAGACCGAGAUAAAGACAGAGACGGGGAUCGAGAGAGGGAGAGAGACCGAGAACGGGACAGACAUCGGGACAGAGAAAAGGACAAAGACAGGGACAGAGACAAGGACGGAGAUUCCAGCUCAUUGAAACACAAGAAGAAGAAGAAGCUGUCUUCUACCUCAAAGGAUCACAAGAAGGACACCAAACUGUACUGUAUCUGCAAAACAGCCUACGACGAGUCGAAGUUUUACAUCGGGUGCGACUUGUGUUCCAACUGGUUCCACGGGGCGUGUGUCGGCAUCACAGAGAAAGAGGCCAAGAAGUUGGAGGACUUUGUGUGUAAUGACUGUAAACGUGGUCAGGAGGGAGCAAGCAAUGAGGAGUUGUACUGCAUCUGUCGGACGCCAUACGACGAAUCACAAUUUUACAUAGGCUGCGACCGCUGCCAGAACUGGUACCACGGGCGCUGUGUGGGCAUCCUGCAGAGUGAGGCCAAUCACAUCGAUGUGUACGUCUGCCCACAGUGUCAGUCAACAGAAGAUGCUAUGACAGUCCUCACGCCGCUCACCGACAAAGACUACGAGGGGUUGAAAAGAAUAUUACGCUCGUUACAGUCUCACAAAAUGGCGUGGCCUUUCCUCGAACCAGUGGAUCCCCACGACGCACCAGAUUAUUAUCGUGUAAUCAAGGAGCCAAUGGACUUUUCCACAAUGGAAACCCGUUUGCAAAAGCGACAUUACCACAAGCUCACAGAGUUUGUGGCCGACGUGACCAAAAUCUUUGACAACUGUCGCUACUACAACCCCAACGACACGCCCUUCUUUCAGUGUGCCGAGGUGCUCGAAGCCUUCUUUGUACAGAAGCUGAAAGGUUUCAAAGCGAGCAGAUUGUCAGAUUCUUAAGUGGGCCAGUCUAGAUGGAGUCUGGACUGAAUGCUGGGGUCUCUAGUAGUAGUGUCAUGGAAACUUUCUGUUUUCAGAGAAACAAAAAAUCCAUUAACACAAACACCAAAUGUGCUUUCAUGUAAAUGCCACCGAUUUAACAUUUUUGGUCACCAUUAAAAUAUUCAGUUGAGCCUCAGAACGGCAGCCAUGUUGACACGAGGGACGUGCUUUCUUCUCACCUUAAUCUGGCCUUUUUUGUUUUUUGGACAGCUCGGAUGUUUUCAGUGGGAUUUUAAAUGCAUUUUAGUUCCUAACUUGUAUUUAUUUUCUGUCAUACAUCUCAGUUGGAUUGUUGAUCUUACCAGAUAUAAUAAAGAAAAUAUAUAAAGCUGCAUAUUUUAUUAUAUAGAAGAUAUUUAUGAGAAGUUUUGUAUGUUACAUCCCUUUAUGAGUUUGAGCUGGUUGUUCUGGUGGUCGUCUUGAUUGCACAUACUUUUACCAUGUACAGUGGCUGUAAGAUAUAUCUAACUGUGUGUUUGAAUGUUUUAAAUAAUUAUGAAACCAAUCAUUUUAGAUAGUAUUAUUUUAUGAGACUAAAAUGUACUACACAGGGUGAGGGAUCAGAGCUCGUCCCGUUCCUCGCCUCACACAGUAACCUCAGAGCGUAGUUGUGGACGUCAGUAACGUUAAAGGCAUUCCCAGUACAUUACACCAACAUGGCUGCAGGACCCGUGCCGCCGACCCCUUUGCAUCCUCUUGUGUCUGUUUGUCCAGAUGUCACAACAAUAAUGCGAAGGGCUCUCAACUCUUCAUCUCUCUCCGCAUCCUGUAGGUCUCAUAACAACAAGCUACAGUGUUCGUCAGCCUCUUAGAAAGCAUCGCACAUUGCUCAAACAAAAUGCACUUGCCAAGAAUAUGGCUUUUCUGAACUGUAACUCUGUGACAGACUCUGCCUCAUCUUGCGUUUUGGGAUCGGCUCCUCCGGCUGUCGGUGCAGCCACCGCCGCCGCCGCUGCUGCUGCUUUGGCAGGACUGUUCAGGCAGAGCCGCCCUCUGCCCAUUUCAGCUCUAAGGGACCUUUUUGGACCUGUCUUCAUCAGUGGGACUGUACUGAGGAGCGACCGGAGCAACUGAGGCAUUUCAGAAGAAAGUUUACCUCGGAGAAAAGACUCUUUAAGGAGCUCUCAUAUUUCCAUGUUUAUUUUUUGAUCUCAGUCUUUUUAUUUUUUAUUUUUUUUCUCUGUUGUUCAAACUCCCUCAGGCCAUCCUUGUGGUCACCAUGUCUGAUGAGAAAUAGGAAAUUGAAUACUGACAUAUGGUGGCUGAGUUUCACUGAGCAUCAUGUAUCAAGAGUUUUGUGUCUAAAUUCAGAUCUCACAGUGGAACGUUUCUUCUCCCAUCUCCACCCAUUGUUUAGUCUGAAGUGGCAUGAGAGACAGUCGUACUAAAUAUCUGGACAUCAGUAGUCUGCUUGGUUAAACUUCUAUAACCUACUGAAAGUACAGUAAUAAGCUAUUGUAAAUGAUUGCUCUGCAGUAGUGACUGACCCAGAAGGAUUAAACAGUGUAUUUGAAGGUUCCUGCCCUGUUUGUAAAAAAAAACAAAAAAAAAACAAUGUCAGAUUUUGACUUUGAUUAUGAUUUCUUUUUCUUUUUUUGUAUUACUUCUGAAGAAAUAUUGAUGUAUAUGGAACUUAAUAAAAUGGAAAAGACUG